GCGUCUUUAAUGUUACAGAAAGGAUGCAAAAAAGGAAAUGUGCUCUCUGCCCCAGCGGUGUUGAUUAUGAUGUUCUGUACUUUGCACAAUCAGAGAAUAUAGCUGCUCAUGAAAAUUGUUUGUUAUAUUCUUCAGCACUUGUGGAAUGUGAGGAUGAUGGUCCACAUAAUCCUGACAGAAAUUUUGAUGUGGAAUCAGUAAAGAAAGAAAUCCGCAGAGGAAGGAAGUUGAAAUGCGUACACUGUCAUAAGAGAGGAGCCACCGUGGGAUGUGAUGUAAAAUACUGUAAGAAGAAUUACCACUUUUUCUGUGCCCAGAAGGACCACGCAGUUCCACAAAAUGAUGGCGGAACUUAUAAGUAUUGAAUACAACAUUUUUAAAACUACAUUUGGGAGACUGGGGCUGCUUUGCCAAAAACAUGCUUCAUCACCAAACAACACUCCAAAUGUUCCUUUUCUUAAGAAAUGCAAGGAAGCAGGACUGCUCGAUUACUUAUUUGAAGAAAUACUGGACAAAGUUCAUUGCAUUCAGGAAACACUCAUGUGUGAGACUACUUCAGAAUCAGUCUAUGAAGAAAUUGGGACUUUACUUUUUGACUGUAGAUUGUUUGAAGACACAUUUGUCAACUUUCAAGCAGCAAUAGAGCAAAAAAUCCAUGAGUCUCAAGAAAGGCAGCAGCAGUUGGACGAACAGAUUGAACUUCUUCAAGACUUAAAAAAUAACGUGUGCCUUUUUCAAGAAAACAGAGACCCCGAGUUAAGUUCUAUCUCAACUUCAUGUUCCCUGUCUUCUUAAUAGUCACAUUUGCUAAGCCAGGAAGCAGGCCCCAUGGCAACCCGGCUCCAGCCCAGAGCCCUGGCCAUGAAAAGCACACAUUUUUGGGACUAGGCCUCUCGUCUGGCCCUGGGGCAUGAACUGCAACCCCCAGCAGCUCUUACCUGUUUGCUGACUGACUUCAAGCCCAGCCAGGUAUUCACUGCCUCCUUCCGUCAUCAUCUCACUUCUUUUCCUAGUCUCUCUCCAAUAAAAAGCUGCUCAGAUCCUGCUUGGGGAAAUUGGACCAUGCCUCCCAUCUCUCCCAUCGCUGCACUUAAAAUCCUGUGGGUGCCUCUUGCUGAUGUAUUCGUCUCCCACCCACAGUUGAAUCUAAUGACACAGCUGGUGCUCCAACCCCCAGGGCCUUUGCACAUCCUGUUAUGAAGUCUCAACUAUCACCUUUGUCUGCUCCUCCUGCCAACCUUAUCAUUAGUCUCCCGUUUAUUCCGACAGUACUUUUCCUUCAUAUCACUUCUCAAUCUAAUUGACUGUAUCUCACAUCACACCAUUAGAGUACAAGCUCUCAGCAGCAGAAAUUCACUCCUGUGUAGUGCACACUAUUCUGUUUUAUGCUCACAACCGUGUUUUGCUAUCACAUUCCUAGCACCUAGCAUCCUCAAUUUUUGUGGAAUGUGUAAAAUUUUUUUGACUUCUGAGACUAGUUCCAACCCAUAAUGGCUCUUAGAGAUAAUAAAUUUUUAUUACUA